ACAAUGAGCUCAACACAAAAGGACCAACAUGGAGCGAGAAGUCAGCGCUCUCAGGAGGCCGACAAACCUCACAGAAGAACGGGAGAGAAAAUAUACAGCUGUGAUGAGUGUGGGAAGGAUUUUACUCAGAAGACUCACCUAAAACAUCAUCAGUUCAUCCACACUGGGGAGAGACCAUUCAUCUGUGACUUGUGUGGAAAGUCUUUUAGACAGCCUGCAAACUUAAAAAAACACCAAGUCAUCCACAGUGGAGUUAAACCAUACAGCUGUGAUGAGUGUGGUAAAGCUUUUGCUGUCAGAGGCAACUUACGGCGUCAUCAAGUUACCCACUCUGAAACUAAGGCGUACAGCUGCGACAUUUGUGGGAAAACUUUCACUCAUCUAGCAUACCGAAAUACUCACCUACGCAUCCACACUAGACAAGAUGUUUACUGCUGCGAUCAGUGUGGGAAACCGUUUGUGACAUACUACGAAUUACAGCACCACAUGCUUACCCACACUGAGGAGAGACCUUAUAAAUGUGACCUGUGUGAUAAGGCUUUUAAAGAGCCACAUUCCCUGAGAAGACACGAACAGAUCCACAUCAGAAAGAAACUCUACAAGUGCAGUUACUGUGAGAAGCAGAGCGACACAGAUGGAUCCACUUCUCAACCCUGUCGUCACUGUGGUGGUGGGAAAGCGUUGCGUUGUGACCUUUGUGGAAAAACUUUCAAUAAUGAAAAGAGCCUAAAGCUACAUCAACGCAGACACACUGGAGACAAAAUGAACUACUGCAAAGAAUGUGGGAGAGGUUUCCCCACUCCAAGUGCAUUAAAAGAACAUGAACUCUAUCACAGUGGGGUUAAAAAGCACGUCUGUGACCAGUGUGGGUCAUCCUUCACCACUGCAGAUCAUCUUAAAGUGCAUAAACGAGUCCACACAGGAGAGAAACCAUACAAGUGCAGAUACUGUGACAGAAGCUUCUCGUAUUCAGGGAGUCGUAACAAACAUGAACGUACACACAUUGAAGGGAACUUCAGCUGUGACCAGUGUGACAAGAGCUUCAAGAAUCUCAGUUCAUACUCCACACACAAACGAUCCCACGCUGUAAAUAAACUGUUUCACUGUUACCAAUGUGCAAAAACAUUCACUUCAUUAUCUGCUCUGCACAAACAUCAGCGUGAUCAUGACAAUGGCUGAAAUCAUUCCUAUCAUCAUAAUGAAUCUGAAGAGACAGACAGUUUUGUUGCAUUUGAAAAGUUUGAUGUGAAAGCUGCUGUAAUUUCUGCUGAAAUCCCUCAUCUGUUAUACAUCAGGUUUCUCUCAAUUUUUCCUUUUUUCCUUUAAUGUUUAUUUGAAUUUUAAUUCUAAAAAUGUUAUCCUUAUUACAUGAUCAUUUUUCCUCCACUUGGAAACAGUAUUUAGUUGUAGUAAUAAUAAUAGUACUAUAAUCAAAGAAAUGUCUCACUGAUCUCUUAAUUGUCUAUGUAUCACAGGCAUUCAAGCUGUAAAUAGUUAUAUCAUUACUUAAAAAGUCAUCUCAGGAUUCAGCUUGAAAACUAAAAACUUGCUGAAAAGCCUUCAGUUAAUCCAAAAUGCUGCAGCAAGAGUCCUGACAGGGACUAGAAAGAGAGAGCAGAUUUCUCCUGUUUUGGCUUCCCUUCAUUGGCUUCCUGUUAAAUCC